UAUACCCUCUCUCUUUAUUUAGAACACAUACAAUUUGCUGCCAAAAUUUAACCUUUACUCCAUGUUAUGGCUAUUACUUUAUAAUAGUUUGUUUAUCACCACCUUGCCUCGAUAUUGUAUACCUCUCAGAUUUGAAUCAGGAAGUCUCCUCUGUCUUUCCCCUCUCUCUCUCUCUCUCUCUCUCUCUCUCUCUCUCUGUGUGAGGAGUGUAUUUGUACCCAAGUUCUCAGCCUUCAUCCUCUCCUCUUUGGAACUACCACUUUAGUUGAAACCUCUUCAACUCUUUCAUGGUGCUGAAGUUCAUAUACACCCACUUGAAAGUCUCAAACUUUUUCCUCUGUAAUUAGCUUGUAAUAUAUUUAGAGUUUCUUCUUCUGGCGAAACCUGUUCCUGUUGCAGAAUCUGAAUGAUGGCUCAAAAGCACUUGCACGAGCUACUGAAAGAAGACCAAGAACCGUUCCUUCUCAAGAACUACAUUGCUGACAGGCGCGGCCAGCUCAAAAGGCCUUCACCCAAGACCCAUUUACAAGUCAAGAAACGUAAACCCAUCACCGAAACCCCAAACUUUCCAGGAAACUUUUGCAAAAACGCUUGCUUUUUUUCCUUCCAAGACUCCCCGGACCUCCGAAAAUCCCCACUCUUCGAAUUUUCGUCUCCGGCUAAAAGCCCCUGCAGAAGCCCAAAUGCCAUUUUCCUGAACAUUCCUGCAAGAACUGCAGCUCUUCUUCUUGAAGCUGCUAUGCGAAUUCAGAAACAGUCAUCGGCUUCAAAGUCCAAAACCCAGAACAAAAACAAUCAUGGGUUUGGUGUAUUCGGGUCGAUAUUGAAGAGACUAUCCCAUCGAAGCCGAAAGCGAGAGAUCGAAGGCGAUGGGGUUAAUGUCUCAGUGAAGGAUAUUCUGAGGUGGGAUUCAUCUGUUGGGAGAAGAACUUCCAAUGAGAGCAUGAAAACUAAGAAAAAGGUGGCCGCGGAUGACAAAAGUGCUUGUGAGACAAGCUAUUCUGGUUCGUGUAAUGGUAGUGCUAUUUGGUCUGAAAGCAAUGAGGACAAGUCUUUGGAUAUGGAAUCUUCUAUUUGUAGCCAGUCUGUAGACUCGGAAGUGAUCGAGUUUUUAUCCAAAAGGAGAGAAGAUACAGAUUUCGCUUGCUGUGAUAAGCACUUCUGCGAAAGCCCUUUCCGUUUCGUGCUCCAAAGGACCCCGUCGUCCGGUAGCCGGACGCCGGACUUCACUUCACCGGCGGCGUCCCCGAGUCGCCACAAAAAAGAGGAAAAUGAGACCAUUGGAGUAGGGAGUUUCAAAAAGUUAGAGGAGGAGGAGGAGAAAGAACAGUGCAGUCCAGUCUCGGUCUUGGACCCUCCAUUUGAGGACGAUGACGACAGACAUGUGGACGAGGACGAAGACGAGGACGGCGGUUUUGAUCAUGACUGCAGCUAUGCCAUUGUACAGAGGGCAAAGCAGCAGCUAUUGCAGAAGCUUCGUAGAUUUGAGAAAUUGGCAGAAUUAGAUCCAAUUGAACUUGAGAAAAGAAUGUUAGAAACAGAACAAGAUGAUGACUCUGAUAAUGAUGCUGAUGACCUAGAGGAAGAAGAUGAUCUGGAAACAUCAUUUAGAGAAAAGAAUGCUGAUGAGUUUGUUAUGCAAGUCCUCGGCAAAUCACGGUUCCAUAAUCUACUGCGAAUCCCAGCAGACAUGAAGAGUUUGGUUUCAGAUCUCAUUGUUGAGGAGGGAAGAGAACAGAAUGCCUUUGACAACAGUGAAGAGGUGGUGAACAAGGUUUGUAAGAGGUUGGAGUCAUGGAAAGAGGUGCAAUCCAACACCAUUGAUAUGAUGGUGGAGCAAGAUUUCAGAAAAGAGUUUGAUGGGCGGAAGAGAAAUCAGGAGCAGGUUGGAGAGAUGGCAUCAGAGAUUGAGUUGGCUAUCUUUGGAUUAUUGGUGCAGGAAUUCUCAGAGGAACUAGUUUCUCUUAGACGAAAUUAUUAAAGCUGAGAAGUGGAACAUACAAUCAAACUUCUCAUGCUUGCUUUCUAAGUCUACCAGACUACCAGCUUCUUCUAAGGUGCAUGCUCUCUUAAAUGUUACACAUGUUGACUUCGCUUAUUUAAAAGAAAUUUAAACCUACAAGUGAAGAAAAUUGUUAAAAUAUUAAUUAAAUGAUUAAAUUUAUUAUAUCUUAUUUGCUAAGCUUUUGGUUAAGUGUUGAUUUAACGCUCCUUCUCCCCUUUCCCCUUGGUAACUAUUGCUGAAAUCGGUAUUUUGUUGGUAUUGUUUCAUCAUUUCUCUUCAAUGCUUUUCCAGCUGCAAAAAAGACAAACAAAAUUUUCUUCUAUUGUUUGGCCAUGAAUUUGUCAUUUUCCUCACUGCCGACACUACAAGCCACAAGGGCAUCAUUGUUAAGGGUCUUAAGUCUUUGCAGAUUAGAUGGUGAUGACUCUGAUGAGACAAUCCAUCUAACGCUUUAAGUUAUUGAUCACCCGAGGCAGCUAAAGGAGAAUAUUAUCCAUCAACACUACCAUGCUCUUCAUGAUCCAUACUUUAUAAUUAUAACAUAAACCCACCACAUAGGAUUAGUCGAUUAGACAUAUAUCCUGGCAUUCACAUCCAGCCAGCUAGUUAUUCUUUAGCUAAAUUUUAGUGAAAUAUUUUCUUUUUUAGUUAUCAACCUUUUCAAAAUACAUAUAUUUCUGUUUUAGAUAUUCAUAUUUCACCAUUCUAUUUAAAUAUUUUUUUUGAACAUAUUUUGCUUUAGAGCAUUUGGGUAGCCGAAUUUGAUAAAUAUUAUGCGUCUAAAGCCCUCAUCAUCCGUUCCUGAGAUGUGAAGGGGGGAGAACAGAACAAAAAGGUUUGUAUGGGAUAAGCCGAUCGAGCUGGUUUGGCUUUCAAGUCACCGACAAAAAAAAAAGAAAAAGAAAGAGAAAAAAAUAAAGGAAAAAGGAAGAGAAGAGAAGAAUGAAGAAGGCUCUCGUGCAUGUCGGCACUUAGAAUAAGGAAACAAAAGCUCACAAGACACGAAGGGAGUUUUGGAGAGGGAAAGAGAGACGAUAGCUCUUUGGAGAGUUUCGGCUCAUUGCAAAUUACAAUUCCAACCCUGUGACGCAAAUUGAGUUUCAGCAAAAAGGAGUUAUGCUUUCUAUAUUUGACUUUGGCUCAAGAAAAACCGAUUACCGUUCUAUAAAUAUCCUUAAUUCAACUCUCAACAAGCUUAAUUGUUGUGACGUUUGAUUUAAGUUGUUAUUUUAAUUUAGAUUUUUUUUUUUUUUUUUAAUUCUGCCCAUUAAAUUAACAUGUUUAUUCGGUUCUUCCAUCUUAAAUUUUUUUUAAAAAAAGAUUGUCUGGAGAGGAAUUAUCUGUUCUAAAAAGUAAUUAAUUACUUCCGCUGAGCCUAACAAAACUCGAUCUUUUCACAAUGGUAAUGUGGUGCCCAAGCCCAAUUCAUAUUGCUUUUGUAUCGGUCGAAAUUUUUUUAGAGACAGCCACGUGCCAUAUCUCAAUAGUCAGACCAAGACCAAAAUUUUCAAUCAUCUUCAUGCGCCGCAAACUGGAACUGCCUGAAUUGGACCCACGACCGUCCCUUGUUAACUUUCCAAGCUCAAUGUGAUCCAAUCCAUAAUUUACACGUGGAAUUUCGCUUUUAGUAACAUUGAAUUGUAGUGGUGCUGGUUUUUUGAAGGAUUCUUAAAUUUGUUUACAAAUUCUGAUGUGGUCAGACAAAGUCGCCCAGCAAGAAUAUUCUCUUCUUUUCGUAAUAAAAGUAUGAUGAAACUUUUCCCCCGCGUGUUUUUCUGGAUACCCAGUUCUUCCACGUGGAAAUAUUAAAAUGAGUUUCAACAAUCAAACACGUUUAAAAUUAUUCCUCCAAUAGUUUUCUCUUCCUCGUGCUAUAAAAUUCCAUCAAUGUCACUAUCUCAACUCUCUCUCUCUCUCUCUUUUACGUUUUAUAUUAGCGUUGAUGCAUUCAACUGUCUCUAAUUCAAUUUGUGUGUUAUUCAUUG